AAUUUUGUUUGGCAAAUGUCUCUUCAGCUUAUACAGCGGCUGCAACGAGCCACGGCCGUUAGGGCUCUUUGCUCUAUUGCCACUUACUCCCCUCUUCCUAUGCAACGAUGCUUUUCUGUAACCUCACGCACUCAAAGUACGGAAUUCAAACAAGAACGGAUUUCAAUGACGGCGCCCAUAGCGAACUGGAAUCUCGCCACACAAUACGUUGAAUUGCCUGCAAAGGAGAAGGCUACCUUUGUUCCGAAAACCAGAGGUCCGUUCACUGACCCGAAAACGUUCCUCACCGCGAUUGGCCGGGGAUGUGAUUCAUAUGCAGACAAGUUCAAGAGCUGGGAACACCUUUUCACGGUAACAGCAGACCAAAUGGAGAAAGAAUUGGGAGUAAAGUGCACACACCGCAAGUAUAUAAUGGGAUGGAGAGAAUGGUACAAGCGUGGCAUAGAUCCGUAUCCUGUUGAAAUCCCAAAAAGGCAAAAGAAAUAUCUGAAGAGCAAGGCUAAAGUGCAGCUGGCCCGUUUGAAGCGGCAAGGAUUAGCCUAAGGCACGACAGCUGCGAAGUACCGUUAUUGUGCGUGAGCACCUUGUAAACUAUCAUGACCAUUUACAUCUUAAGGGGUUACCUUUUUAUAAACACAUUCUUAUUAUUUACAAGAGAAUACCAUAUGGUAUUAAUCAAAAUUACAUUGGACGCGACGAUGUGCCAUAUUCGUCCGGUAUGGCCGAAUUUAGCAAAUCUGGUUCCUCCAUUGGCACCUGAACCACAAUGGAUAGAUCCGGUGGAAGCCUUGCGUAAUACAGGUUGUAAUCUAGUCUCGUCGCAAAGUUGCCAAACAGAUAAUCGUCGGUGGUCGCAUGGUGCUUCAAGGUGUCAAUUAACGUCCG